GGCGAGAACGUGUUCUUCUUGGUGACCAACUUCCUUGUGACGCCAGGACAAGUCCAGGGCAGGUGCCCAGAGCACCCGUCCAUCCCGCUGGCCAACUGCUGGGCCGACCAGGACUGUCCCGAGGGGGAGACGGGGACGCACAGUCAUGGCAUAAAGACGGGCCAGUGCGUGGUGUUCAAUGCGACCCACAGGACCUGCGAAAUCCGGGGCUGGUGUCCAGUGGAGAGCGGUGCUGCGCCUGUGAAGCCCCUGCUUCUCCAGGCUGAGAACUUCACCCUGUUCAUCAAAAACACCGUCACCUUCAGCAAGUUUAACUUCUCCAAGUCCAACGCCCUGGACACCCAGGACCCCACCUACUUCAAGCUCUGCCGUUAUGACCCCCGCUCCAGCCCCGCCUGCCCCGUGUUCCGCAUUGGGGACCUCGUGGCUGCAGCCGGAGGGGUCUUUGAGGAUCUGGCGCUGCUGGGAGGGGCCGUGGGUGUCCACGUCCGCUGGGACUGCGACCUGGACAGCAGGGGUGCGGACUGCCAGCCCCAGUACUCCUUUCAGCUGCAGGAACGGAGCUACAACUUCAGGACAGCCACACAUUGGUGGGAGAGCUCGGGCGUGGAGGCCCGCAGCCUGCUCAAGCUCUAUGGGAUCCGUUUCGACAUCCUGGUCACAGGGCGGGCAGGGAAAUUCGGGCUCAUCCCCACGCUUAUCUCUCUGGGCACAGGAGCAGCCUGGCUGGGCGUGAUCACCUUCCUCUGUGACCUGCUGCUGCUGUACGUGGACGGAGAAGCGCACUUCUACUGGAGGACCAAGUAUGAGGAGGCAAAGGCUCCAAAGAGGACCACCCAGCCCGAGCAGACAGAGCCGGCACCCACACCCCCGCGCGCGGCCGUCCAGGGGCCUUAGAGGGGGCCCAGCGCCUGUGCUGAC